CGUGGUAACGUGGAGCCCGUGGGCGAGCCUUUUGCAGCCCGGCUUUCACGUGUAGUUUUAGAAUUAUCGCGUUGUAGUGGGUCGUGCUGUCCGCCUAGGCGCGUGGUUUGUUCUUGGCGUUUACAGAGUGUGCUGUCACCCUUCUGCCACGCUGGGGAGAGGGAAAGAAGCGGUUCUACAGGGGACAGACUUGGGAGCCCUAGUGCGCCUUUUAGAGCGGGCUGCGGCGGAGCAUAGAGGAACCUUGCAGGCAGGGUUUGAACAGGCUUGGACCAGGGCUGGGCCUGCGGAGGCCCGGGGUGGGGGCGAUGCUCCGGGCCCGGUGCCUUUUCCGAGCCCUGCGCUCCUGCUCUUCCGCGCCUUGUCCAAGGCACGGGCUUUCGUCCAAACUGAGCGUGCGGGACGCUCUCGGGUCCCAGAACACGAGUGGGGAGCGCGUUAAGGUCCAGGGAUGGAUUCGUUCUAUCCGGUCCCAGAAGGAAGUCUUGUUCCUACAUAUAAAUGAUGGGUCGUCUUUGGAAAGCCUUCAAGUUGUUGCAGAUUCAAUCUUUGAUAGCAGAGAACUGGCUUUUGGAAGUUCUGUGGAAGUCCAAGGGCAGCUGGUAAAAAGUCCAUCCAAAAGGCAAAAUGUGGAACUGAAGGCAGAAAAAAUUGAAGUUAUUGGGAAUUGUGAUGCCAAGGCAUUCCCUAUCAAAUACAAAGAGAGGCAUCCUCUGGAGUUCCUGAGACAGUACCCUCACCUUAGGUGUAGGACAAAUGUUCUGGGAUCUAUACUGAGGGUUCGCAGUGAAGCCACAGCUGCUAUUCAUUCCUUCUUUAAGGACAGAGGCUUUGUGCACAUUCAUACCCCAGUAAUUACAUCCAAUGACUGUGAGGGGGCUGGAGAGCUUUUUCAAGUUGAGCCUUCAAGCAAAACAAAGAUAUCUGAGGAGAAUUUCUUCAAUGUUCCAGCUUUCUUAACUGUCUCAGGACAACUUCAUCUAGAAGUGAUGUCAGGAGCUUUUACUCAGGUGUUUACCUUUGGUCCCACAUUCCGAGCUGAGAAUUCUCAAAGCCGGAGACACCUGGCAGAGUUUUAUAUGGUAGAAGCAGAGAUUUCUUUUGUUGAGAACCUUCAAGAUCUCAUGCAGGUUAUGGAGGAUCUCUUCAAGGCUACAGCAAUGAGUGUUCUCUCAAAUUGUCCUCAAGAUGUUGAACUCUGUCACAAAUUCAUAGCUCCUGGUCACAAGGACAGAUUAGAACACAUGCUAAAAAACAACUUUUUAAUCAUUUCCUACACAGAGGCCAUAGAGAUCUUAAAGAAAGCAGCCCACAACUUCACCUUCACCCCAGAGUGGGGUCUUGAUCUACAAACUGAACAUGAGAAGUACCUGGUGAAGCACUGUGGCAACACACCAGUCUUUGUCACAGAUUAUCCUCUAGCACUCAAGCCGUUCUACAUGAGGGACAAUGAAGAUGGUCCUCAGCACACAGUUGCUGCUGUUGAUCUUCUGGUACCUGUAGUUGGGGAGCUUUUCGGUGGCAGCCUCAGGGAGGAACGGUACCAUCUCUUAGAGCAGCGACUGGCCAGAUCAGGACUUACAGAAGCCUACCAAUGGUAUCUGGACCUUCGUCGCUUUGGAUCUGUGCCACAUGGAGGUUUUGGGAUGGGAUUUGAGCGCUACCUGCAGUGCAUCUUGGGAGUUGACAAUAUCAAAGAUGUUAUCCCCUUUCCAAGAUUUACUCAUUCGUGUGUUUUAUAACUGACAAUUUGGUUAAUGAAUAGUGCCCUGGGACAGAAGCACUAUACAUGUAUAUGCCUUUAAAACUGCUUUUUUGAAUUUUAGAAAUGUGGACUUCAGCACAUAAUUACUCCUCCAUAAGAUACAAGGUAUGGAAAGUAAAAGUGAUCGCACUUUUCUUAUAAAGCCAAGGGCAUUGCAUGGAAAAAUGAUCUCCCUCUGGAAGAGAUACUUACAGCAAGUGGACUUUCAGAUCUGUUACUUCAGUUAAGAAAAAAGGAAGUAACCAAGCGUAUUUCCCAGCUCCUGGGGGACUGAGGCAACAUCACUUGAGCCCUGGAGUUCCAGGCCAGCCUGAGCAACAUAGCAACACCCAUCUGAAAAAAGAAGAAAAGAAGAAAUUGAACUAGAUAAAUGGUCUCCAAAGUCUCUUCAAACUCCAAGCAAGAUGAAACAGUAUAUUUUACUUUGUCUUUAUUUGGUAGACACUUGCUUCUGUAACUUUUGAGAAUCAGUAGGUAAAGAUGAAAUAUUGUUACAUUUUUUUCUCCCUUGCUACUUAACCUGUGAUUAAAUGCCUAUUUUAUUCUCAGUGCUUUAUUAAACUUAACAGAAGAAAAUACUCUUUUUUAGGGUCUUAGUUAAUUAAGCUGCUAUUGUGAACUAAAGUCAUCUUUCCUUGGUCUCAGUGAAAAAAACAAUAACAUAAUAACUGUUGAUCUUUAAUUAUAAAAGUUGAUAAGGUCUGACUCAAAAUUUAAGUGUUAGAGACUUGGCAGGUAAAUAUCCUUUACAUUGUUUCCAUUGUUUCGGGGAUUGUGUUAUGUCUUUUUUUUUUUAAUAUGGACUUCAUUGAGUUGAUAUUUUGAUAAUCUGCAACCUAGAUAAUUUAUACUACUAAAAUUUUAAUAAACUUGAAAUGAGAAAAAAAA